GAACGGCAAAUAGUCCAGAAACGUCAGAAAUACAUUAAAGGUCACACGUCUGUCACAGUUUGAAGUUAAACUCGUUCAUCAAGACAGCAAAUAAAAUAUUUCGUGAACACUCGAUACCCCCAUAUUUCAACUUUACUUUAACAGUUUUUGCCCUCACCAUAAAUGGAUUUUGUUUGCCUUCGUCUGCUUUACAAAUAGAGUGGCAAAUCCCUUUUGAAAUGAGAUAAAUCUUUGCUAUUAAUUAUAUUUAUUUUAUUCAAUGUGGUCAUAUGUCUAUCUGAUGUUUGUGUGUUUAUGUCUAUCAUGAAAUUUAUUUUGGUGCGCCAUGAUAACUAAUAUUGAUUAUUAAAUCCAAAUUAUCACUGAAUUAAUAUUUUCUCAAUGAUACUCAAACUAAAAUUCUGGUGUGUCAGCUAUUCCAUUGAUAUUCAUUUAAUUUUUCUAUUUUGCAUUAAAUAAGUGAAUAUUUUUUUUUUAUUAUUAUUAUGUCUUACAUUUUCGCAGGUAGUACCGAAGCGAUCCAGAGGAUCAUCAUUCAGAGUUUCAGAACUUAAAGAUGAACUUAUUAGAUGGUACAACACAAAUCACAGUACAGUUCCUCUUUCACCACUCACAGAUGAUUACGAUACUCCUCUAGCUGGGUUCUACAUUUUGCCAGAAAUUGACAUACACACACAUCUCCCAGGCGGCAGGAAAGAAACAACUAGAGUCGCGUCGUUACAUGACCUGUUUAAAUCCGAUGUUAAUGUUCCACGGGAAAUAAAUUUAUCAGCAGUAGCUGGAUUUGGGAAAACAGCAUUUUCUAAAUACCUUACCGUAGCGUGGUGUCAAUCCCAUCAAAACAAUGAAAACUAUGUUUAUUUUGAAGAAGAGGUAAUAAAUGUUUUAUCUGACUUUAGCUUUUUAUUUCUGGUGUUCUUGAGAGAUUCAACUAAGGUUUGUGAUGUCGAUGACAUGAUCGAGCAACAAGUCAUACAAAAUCUUCCUUGUUCAAACAAAAUGCCUAAAGGUCUUUUAAAGGACAUUUUACGUGAUGAAAAAUGCCUUGUUAUAUUGGAUGGACUUGAUGAAUGGACUCAUCCUGACAAUGAAUGUACAAGACUACCGAAAAGUAUUCCUCAUCGAUAUGCGCGAGAAAAAUGUGUAAUCUUAACAACAACCCGGCCAUGGAAGCUUGGAGUCUCCAACUUGAAGACAAGUCAAAUAGAUAAAACAAUAGAGUUAGUUGAAUUCAACGCAUACUAUUCGAGGCAGUUUAAGAUAAACGCUAUAAAAAUGUUGAUAGGCAACAUUAAAGAGGAUGAACUGAGAAAUAAAGUAAGCAGAUUUGAAGAACAUAUCAGAGACCAUGACCUUAAAGAGAUGGAAUCUACUCCUCUUCUUUUACUCUAUCUGAUAUGUUUAUGGCUCGGAAAUGUUCCAAUUGGCAAUUCCACAGUAGAGCUGUAUACAGGCAUCAUUCAGCUUCUUCUUUCUAGAACAGAAACAAUACAUGGCCAGUUUCAUUCAUCUUGUAUAACGUCUCCAAGUAACGUCCCCGAUUGCUUCAAAAACUAUAAACAUUGCUCUAGCUACUACAUGUUUCUGGUGAGUUUAGGAAAACUAGCUUGUCAUACAUUAUUAAGUGAUAGAAAGGAGAACUCUCUGGUUUUUGAUAAUGAUGUUGCUGAAAAAUAUCUUAACGAAGAAGAUUUGAAAUUAAGCAGUUUGUCAGGAAUUUUAUCAGUAAGUAAAGUUAAAACGUUGAUAAAUGAAAGUUUUAAAAUCUCAUUUGCACAUAAAACGGUGCAAGAAUAUUUUUUAGCAAUUCAUGUAAGUUUUCAAAACACAAAUGAAGGUCAGGAAAUGAUCUUGAAAGAGUGCCAUUGCUUACAAAGUAUUCUAGACAUGUCGAAAGUGUUUGUCUUUAUCAGUCAUAUGAACCCUACGUUAAUGUCUGCAAUAUCAAGUGAUUUGAUGUCUGUGAUAAAUGAUGAUGAGAAAACAAACAUUUACAGAACUAUGACAGAAUAUCAUUACGUGUAUUCUGAUCCAUUAAAAGACAUACAAGACAUGUAUACUUCAUGUGCUAAAGAAUGUCAAGGAAACGAAAGCCUCAAAUUCUGUCUACAAGAUUUCUUUAUUGAUGGAAAAUGUCUACAAGUAAACUACUUCAUUCAGUUACAACAUCUGUGUCAAGAAAAUAAAGGAAAAAUAAAAUCAAUUAUGAUUGACAACAAAGGUAUUUGUAGUGUACAAGAAAUUUGCAGUUUGUUCGAACUCUCAUAUCUUCAAAAUAUAGAGAAAUUAUGGUAUAGGGGAGAAAUUUUAGAAGAGGAAAUGAUAAGCUUGAUUUUGCACCCUUUAAAAUGUAUAGCUGUAAGAUCUAGCAAAUGGAAAUAUGAUACAUUUGAACGACAUUUAUGCCAUCUAUCUGGAGAGCUAUAUAGACGACUGGUAAAAUUACCGCACCUGGAGUGUUUAAAAAUAAGCAGUUUUACUAUGACCCACGAGGUAAUGGAGACAUUGUUAAAUUUCCUCACUAGUAAAAAAUCAAUGAAACAUAUAGACUUAAGCAACCUGUACUGUAGUGAUCACGGUAAUACUUCAUGUUGGGGCUUUAACAUUGACCUGUCACAACAUUUACAUCUAAGAGGUUUAGGAUUGUACACUAUACCCGUGUCACAGUUAAAAAUGAAUGUAUCGUUGUUAGAGAAAUGUACUGUUGGUAACUUAUAUGAACCUGGCGUUGUGUCAUCAUAUCUCAGCCGACUCCCUGAAGCAAGUAAACUACAAAUAUUUAGGUGUUUCCAUUUAAAAUCUUCCAGUGACAUUGAUACAAUGAUACUCAAAUUGCCCUUGUUACUUUAUGUGAAAGAUGUCUGGUUGGCAGGAAUAAAUCUUGGUAAAAGAACAAUAAAACUGUCACCUGAAAUGCGCAAUUUAAAACUGGUGUUUUUAGAUGUUAUUACAAUGUCUUGUUCAGUGUUACAUGAUCUAAUUAAAGUCAUAAACAAACUACCACAAACUGUAACAAUAAGGAUAGAAGGUUGUUAUAUAAAAACAAAGAGAGAAUUUGAAAAUUUUAAAAGAUUUGUCAAGCACUCUGAUAAAUUUUUUAUCAAUUAUGAUGGCACUAUGCAGUCUCGAAAGUACGGGUUUGAGUUUAAAACAGCUAAUUAAAAUUGAAAUAAAAAGGCGUGUAGAAACAAUUUAUUAAAUAUGUAGUGACAAUUGUUACGGAUUAAUGUUAUACUGUUUUUAUUACUGUUUAAAUCAAACUACUGCACAAGUUACAUUAACUUAAAGGAUGGCUGGUUGUGACAUCUUGUACGUCUUGUCGUAUAAUACAAGCAACAGAAUUUAAAACAUUCAGACAGGUUUGAUGGCACCAAUAGGUCUUAAAGGUUACAACUUAAUUCUGUAAAGUGUGGGUUUGAGCUGAAAACAAGAACAAAUUUGAAAUUAAAGAUAUUCUAUGCUCAUCGUUGUGUUAAAUAUUUCUGUUGCAAAAAUGUAUUGAAAUAUAGGAAAUUCCUAAU